UGGAAAUUUAGACUGAAACUGGACCCCCUCCAUGGAUGAUAGUUCCAUUCUCCAAUCUGAGAACUGUUCCCUUCCCUUCAAUGUGUCAAGCUGGGACUUCCCCGAUUUUGGGAACCCCUGUCCAACGUCAACAGCACUCACCACCUUCUUGGUGGCCUCCUACUGUGCUGUCAUGGUGUUUGGAUUGCUGGGAAACAUCUGCCUAAUUUGUGUGAUAGCCAAGCAGAAGGGGAAAACUAAUGUGACCAACAUGCUCAUUGCCAACCUAUCCUUCGCAGAUAUCAUGAUUUCUGUCUUCUGUCUCCCUUUUACAUUAGUCUACACGCUAAUGGACUAUUGGAUCUUUGGUGAAGUUUUAUGCAAGAUGGUCCCAUUUAUCCAGUGCCUGUCAGUGACGGUGUCCAUUCUCUCUUUGGUCAUGAUAGCUCUGGAAAGGCAUCAGCUUAUUAUAAACCCUACAGGUUGGAAGCCAAAUGUCGCCCAAGCUUACCUGAGCAUGCUAGCCAUCUGGAUGCUGGCCAGCUUCAUCUCCUUGCCCUUUGUGAUGUUUCAUGUUUUAACAGAUGAGCCUUUGAUGGACCUUCCUGCCUCCAUUGCACCACUGGUCACUGAGGCAAUCUGCAUGGAAUCAUGGCCAACCAGGCAGCAAAAGCUGAUAUACACGACUUGGCUCUUUGCAUUCCAGUACUGCACACCCCUGGUUUUCAUUGCAGUCUGCUAUGGCAGGAUAUACAUGAGAUUAAGGACGAGGAAGGACUUAAUAGACAAACCUGGUGAGGAUAAACCUAGACUGACAAAGGGCAGGAGGAUAACCAUGAUUCUAGGACUGCUGGUUCUCGGAUUUGGACUUUGCUGGUUACCUUUAAAUAUAUUCAAUCUCAUCGCAGACUGGGAUCUGGAAGCAAUGAUGCACUGCGAUCACAAUCUCAUCUUUUCCCUCUGCCACCUGGCUGGAAUGGCUUCCAUUUGCAUCAACCCUGUCAUCUAUGGCUUCCUGAACAAUAACUUCAAAAAGGAGCUCUGGGCCAUCGUUGUGCACUGUGACUGGAAUAGGCAGGAAGACUGUGAACACUUUCCGUUGUCCACCAUGAAUACAGAACUUUCUAAAACAUCUCUGCGGCUGAAUUGUAGGAAUAAUGCAACAUAA